AGCGGAACAGCCACAUGGGAACUGCAAGUGUUUGCUAAAAAUAGACACAGUAGGGUCAUCCCCAAACCAAAGUAGUUAGUGUAGACGAACUGACUACGGUUAUCGCAGUUGUUGUCACGUCUGAACGGACGAAUGGGUUUGUCACGAGUACGCACUCUUGUGGGCACUAAUUGGCUGAAGGAACAACUCUUCAGUAAAACUAGCAAGGGCGGACCACUCCGGGUGCUCGACACAACAUGGAAACCCAAGAAUGACACCAAUUACUAUGAAGAAUACUACAAGAAAUCACAUAUCCCAACAUCUGUGUACUUCAAUCCUGAUGAAUGUGUCCAAUCUAUAAAACUGAUUCAGCGAAAUCUGCCGGAACUGAACUGUUUCAAUCACUACAUCCAGAGGUUAGGAAUCGCUAGUGACACGCACAUCAUAGCCUACGACCAGUUUACCUCGCGGUCAGCUCUCAGAACAUGGUGGCUCUUCAGGGUGUUUGGUCAUUCAAAGAUCUCUAUACUCGAUGGAGGUUUUAAAAAGUGGCUGGAUGAUGGGUACGAGGUGUCUACAGAGGAGCCCCAAGUUGAGAAGACAGACUAUCUUCUUCAGCCAAACUUUCAGUUAAUGCGUGAUUACGAUGCAAUGGUUAAGAAUGUGAAAAGUAAGGUUGAACAGAUGGUGGAUGCGAGAAGCUGGGAGGAAUUCUCCGGACAAAAAGAGCUGGAGAAACCUGAUGAUCUGAAGACUGGACACAUACCUGGUGCAAGAAAUAUUCCAUUUGAAGACCUUUUUAAUGAAGAUGGCACAUUCAAGUCAGAUAAAGACUUGAAAAUAUUGUUUGACAAGGCUGAGAUUGACUUGAACAAGCCACUGGUGGCCUCCUGUUUGACUGGGUUAACAGCCUGUGGACUGGCAGCAGCCGCACACUGUCUCGGGAAAGAUGUACCAGUCUACUUUGGAUCAUGGAAAGAGUGGGUGCAACGUGCAGACGACAACAUGGUUGCUGUGGUGAAAAAAAAGGAAUAAAUAAUGAAACAAUGUGUAAUUAUACUCAAAAUAUAAUGUACUCAUAUAUUUUGUAUGUGAUUCAAUAAUAUAAAAAUAGAGUCAAGACAAGACAUUAUGUGAGUUAUUUUGGACACAUUUAUUUACAAAUAAUAACCUAGAGAAGUAUGCAGUGGACUGUAUUUUUGAAAAAUUCUAACAUGACAACUUCACUAAUUAAUGAUAUAAAAAAACUUAUAUAUAUAUUUUUCUGGAGUGUGAUGUUUUUCCUCACAACACUGAUAUUUAUUCCCACUUAUUGAGUGCCUUAUUUGUAUUAAUACUGAGUACUUGGAUAAAUCAAUAGAACAAUUUUAAAUAAAGAUAUGUAUUACUCUGUGCCUUUACAUUUCACAUUUAAAUGUAGAUUCGCCUAAGUUUCCCUCCACAAUUACUUGUAUUUUUUUUUUUUUUUGUUCAUGUAUAAAGUUUGCACCUUUAAUUAAGCACACACAAUACAUGUAUCUUACAUAUGCACAUAAUAUAUUUAUGGAAAGUCAUUUACUAGUCGAACAGAACGUUUUGUACAAACAUUCUAAUUGUGUGACCAGCUGAAAGGUGUGGACAGUAAGUGUAGCUAAAAAGGACAGUUUAUUCAGAAUCACAAAUUUUAAAUAUGCAUUGGUUGUGAGUGUGAGCAUGUCUCUGAUUUUAGUUUCCUGCUAUUUGUGACAUAUAGUUAUGUAUAUUCAUAAAUUAUUAGGAAAUCCAAUGAAUACACACUCAUGUCUUAUUACAAUUUUUAUUUUAUUAAAACAAAUUCAGUGUACAGUAAUUAAAUCUACUGUUGUUUAUCAUAAUUGUAUAAUAUAUGCAAAGUGGUUAUGCAGUUUCAUAUGUUUGAAAACUCAGGUUUUUGUAAAAACUAACAAAUAUUUACAAAUAUGUCUGAGAUUAUAUUUUCAGAUUUUUCAUUCAGGUAUAUAAUAUAGUGGUGUAUUUUGUAUUAACUAGCAGCAUGGAAUGAUAAUUUUCUACUAAUACAAAGAUAUUUGAUUCUUGUCACUUGAUCAUUCGUGGUAAUACCAUUUAUUACAAUGUUGUUAUGGAUAUUAAAUUGAACAAAAAAAGAAACAUGAAUAUUAAUUUAGUUUAUAUUCACUUAUUUAAAAUUAUUCUGCUUGAAUCCCAUUAAUUAUUGUGUAGACCUGUUAAAAUUAUCAAUGUCUUGUGUGUUUACCAAAUUAAUUUUACCAUGACCCCCCCCCCCCCAAAUAUAUUAAAAUAUUUGCAUUUCUUUUGUUGUUCAGUGUAUAUAUAAUUAUAUAUAUAUAUAUAUAUGAAGAGUUUCAUUGCAAAACAUGAUAAACACCAUAUUAAAACCAUUGUGCGAACACCACUCAGACACUGUUCACACGUAGACAAACACACGCUCAAAUUCAGUUCAAACGCGAUACGAUUGUCUGAGGAUAUGUCACAGAUUGCAGAGAAACUGGUGUAGUGUUUAUGGUGGCUUGGAAUAAAAUGUUUUUAGGAUUGGGUUUGUAUAGCAUUUAUCGCGUUUUGCAAUGAAACACUUCAUAUAUAUAUAUAUAUAUAUAUAUAUAUAUAUAUAUAUAUAUAUAUAUAUAUAUAUAUAUAUAUAUAUAUAUAUAUAUAUAUAUAUAUAUAUAUAAAUAAAGCCUGGUGGAAUUUAUCUGUUUCAUUUAAAGAAAACCAAAACAAAUAAAUAAAUAAAUAAAAAAUAAAAACAGCACAUUAUUAUUCAACAUUAGGGGGUCACUUUCAGAAGUGGUUUUAUUCUUGUACAGUAAUGUUGAAAUCAUUUUAAAAAUUAUUUUCAGUCUUUGUAAAAUUAUUUGUACUUUGACCGGUUCACCAAAAUAUAAGCCCACAUCAAGUAAGCUUAAUUGUUUUAAUUGUAUUACAACAGGGACUGUUUGACACAGAAGCCUGGAUUAAAUUAGUUACCUUAAUUAAACUGUUUACUAUUAGCAGCUUUAUCUGUGACAAUAGUUUUACAUCAGAAAUACAUGUACAUUGCAGAGAAUGCUCAUUCUUUAAUAAACAAAUUAUGAAGAGUUACAUUAAAGCAGUACUGUUUUUGUUUAACCACAUUUUUACAUUCAGUAGGUUUCAUCUUUAUAUUCAUAGUAAAUCAAUAUACAGUGAAACCCCUCUAAACUGGGCACCCUUGGACCAAGAAGAAUGUCUGGUUUUAAAAGGCUUCUGUUUUAGAGAGGUUAUGGUCUGUACUGAUGUUUAAAAAGGAACUGUAAAUCAUCCACUUUUGAGGGAAUUCCGGUUUCUAGAGGGUCAGGUUUUGAGAGGCUUCUGUUUUAGAGAGGUUAUGGUCUGUACUGAUGUUUAAAAAGGAACUCUGUAAAUCAUCCACUUUUGAGGGAAUUCUGGUUUCCAGAGGGUCAGGUUUUGAGAGGCUUCUGUUUUAGAGAGGUUAUGGUCUGUACUGAUGUUUAAAAAGGAACUCUAUAAAACAUCCACUUUUGAGGGAAUUCCGGUUUACAGAGGGUCAGUUUUUGAGAGGUUGCACUGUAUUUGCUUUCUUUAACUAUGGUAAUUGCAUUACUUGUAGUUUUGCAUGUUUUUAGCCUCAGAGUAUCGGUAUUAUAUAGUGCAGUCAAUAAUAUAAAGCCUAAAGGGCUUGAUAAUUUACAUAGUAAAUAUUAGUAAUAUGCUUCAUGGUUUUUUAGUGUCCAAAUUUACCUUUAUUUUGAUGAUUUAUCACAAUAUUGUUACACGUGUAACCUAAUAAUAGGGUAUUUUAAAACAUUUUGCUUUAUUAUGAGUAGAUUGGUAGUGUUUUUACUGUUAGUUGACAUUUGGCAAUGUUAAUUUUAUAAUUAGCUUAGUCCAGUUGUUCAGAAGUGAAAUAAACUUAUCCAGUGGUUAAGAGAAAAUAUAAAAAUUAAAUGCAUAAUACAUGUAGUAAAGAUUUUUUAAUUUUUAAUUUCAGAUUGAAUAAAGUUUUAAACAAAUAAAUAUUUAACGUUUUAAUUUUUUUAAGAAAAGAGAAACAUUCCAUUAUCCCAUACCACAGGUACUUAGUUUAAUGUUUUUGAACUGGGUCAUUUCUAAUAAGAAUUUUUGAAAUAUUUUAUAUAUUAAUAUUACAUACCUUGUUACCUUUAUUCUUCACUUUUAUUCUACUAUUAUAAUUUUAAUUAACAAUAUUCAGUGAAAAUUGGAAUGAAAUUCCUAACACUGUCACACGACUUGCCCGACAGUUAUGCUUGUCUUUAAAUAAAAUAUUCUAUAGUAUUUUUAUAGCUCUUGAAAAUAAAACAUUUUUUAUUA